CUAGUUAUCAACAAUUCCAACCUCCUCACCCAUUAUGGUUAUGGGCUUUAUCAAAGUUUUAGUCCUUCUAAAGUCCGCCACCAUCUCCUUGGUCUUCCGCGCAUUUAGGUGCAGGUAAUUCCUAGUGCACCAGUCCACAAAGUUAUCCAGUAGUCCCCUAUACUCAGACUCAUCCCUAAUACACCCCACCACUGCUGUGUAGUCAGAAAAGUUCUGCGGGUGGCAUGAUUCAGAGUUGUACUGAAAGUCUGAGGUGUACAGAAUGAAAUAAAAAUGGAGACAGGACAGGACCCUAAGGUGCUCCUCUGUUACUGACCAACAUGUCAGACAGAGAGGCCCCCAAUCACACAGAGGCCUAUCUGACAGGUUGUCAUUAGUCCAGGAGAUGGUGGAUGGGCUGACACCCAUUCUAAACAGCUUCUCACUCAGCAGGAAUGGUUGGAUGGUUUUGAAGACACUGAAAAAAAAGGAAAGCAAAGAUCCUCACAGCACCACCACUGUCUCCAGGUAGAAGUGAGCACGCUGCAGCAGAUAGAUAACAGCAUCCCACAUGAGGCUGGUAAGCAAACUGGAGUGGGUCCAGUGCAAGUCCAUGAAACUCAUGAAAAUCUCUCCAACACCUUCAUGACAUGUGACAUCAAAGCAGCUGGUCUAUAGUCUCUGAGGCCAGAUGGGGUGGCUUUUGGUACUAGCCAAAAUAUUUUCCACAGCACUGGUACCCUUUCAAUGCAUCAGGUUGUAGAUCUACUUGAGGAUAGACAGCUGAGUAGUGCUUAAGAACCCUGGGAUUAAUAUCACCAUGACCUGCAGCCAGCUGUCCAGCUGUCUUCUCACCUGGUUGGCCAUCACAGUCAAAUAAGAGGAUGUGGUUGGUCCAGUGGAGGUAGGCAUUGGGGGGUUGUGGUCAGGGAUUUUCAGGAAGCCUGUGUGGCGUUGCUGUAGAUGUUUGUUUGGUGUCUGCAAGAGUUGAAGACUGUUCCUGUGUGAGAUUUGUGGAAUAUAUGAAGAAAGGAAUUUUACUGUGCUGUAAUGAAUAUGUGAUGAAUAUGAAGGCUUCUUCUUUGUGACACUGUUAAAGGGUGCACAACUAGAUAUUCAGGUCAUUCUCACUCCACCUGUAUGUUAGGUUUGGUGAAAUGGAACAGAAGGACUGAGAAAAGUUCUGGUAAGUAUGCAUGCGCCAAACAUGUUCAGUUAGAGGUAUAAGUUGAAGAUGUGCACAAUAAUAGCCAAAAUAAUAGUAGAGAAAUUCACAGAACAUCACACAGCUUGGUUCACUAGUCAUCUCAAUAAACAAGAACACCAAAAUGGACAUGUGUUUUGGUAUUAGAGUUUAUCUGUUGAAACAGCUUAUUAGUAGGGUGGCUAUUUAUAGGCCAAACCUUUUAUGAUGUCAGAACAAAAAAAGGAAUACACAUGAUUUACACUGUAUGGCAUACUACAAUAUGGUAAUACCUGCUAUCAUAUAAUAUAUAAUCACUGUCUGUAAAUCUAAUUACAGGUCAAUUGAAAAGCAUGAAACCCAAUUUGUAACUGAAAGAACACUGUAACUGUACAGUGUUCAAAGCAAAUCUUUAUUUGGACCAGAUAAACAAACCAUCACCUACCAAUAAGGAGAGCAGAUGUCCCUGAAGCUCAUGUGAUUAAUAAGAACCGUAAGCCUACUUGGCUCCUCCCAGAUGAGGAGACAGGAUUAGAGGUAUAAUUUGAGCCUGAUUAGGAUUUUACUGCACUGUGCACAAUGCCACAGAUGAGGAAAACAUAAACAUGCAAAUAAAUAAGGACAGAUUACUGUAAGUAAAUUGCCAUUAUUUUAAACCAAAACCUUACAAUAAAAUGGAAUCUGCUUGCCUCAUGUAUUGUGUUUUGUGCUACUGUACUUCUGUGUUUUUACACUUCUCUGUAGAUAUUUUCUGACAUAUUUAAAACAAACAAACAUAUAAGACUAGUUCUGUGUACUGCAUAUAAAAUACCUUAACCUGAUACAUAAACCUUUUUCAGCAUAUUUUUGAUUUUUGAAUUUCACACCAAAAACUUUGGUGCAUUUGGGAUUCACUCCUGGUUUAGUGUGGUGUUACAUGUUCAUCAGUCCUAAAAAUGGAUGUUUGUAGCUGCAAUUCCUUCUUAUAUAAUGUCCACAUUUUUUUUUAUUAUAGUCAUUAUUAUAUGAUUAAAGUAUUAUAGACCUGUAUAUCACUCCUGCCAUAUAUAAUGAAUGCUACUCAUGCCCUUUGUCAAGCUAUGCUCAUAGCUUAAAGAUUUCUUAUUGCAUUUAAAGAUAUUGCAGCAUGUGCAUAUUAAGAUAGUUCUUAAGAAAUGUAUCUCUCUAUAUAGAAAGUAAUUCUCUACAUAGAAAUUCAAGACUAAAUCUAUUUAUAAUGACACAAACCAGAUGACAUUAUAUUUUGUGACAGCUAUAAGUAUUGGCUAGCAGCCUACCAGACAUAGCUUCACUGUCAGUGUAACCUAUUCUACAAUCUGCAUACAGGUUUGAAUCACGAAGAUGGUGUUCUCAUCUUAGUAUGUUCAAUUUGAUGAGCAACUGCUGCAACUGGGUUUCUAAACUGCAGCAGCCCAUGAGGAAAGUUACUGUGCUGGUGGUUGGUCUUGACAGGGUGGGAAAGACAUUGUGUAUCAGAGGGAUGUUAAGAGCUCCCCUUGGAGAAGUUAGUCCUACUCAUGGAUGUGUCCGCUAUGAGUUAAGGCUAGAAAACUUCCUGGUGAAUUUACUGGACACAGGUGGAAGUCCUGAAUUUCACUUAUGCUGGAGAGAAUACUAUGGCGAGGUCCAUGGGGUAAUUUUUGUUGUAGACUCCAGUGACAGACACAGAAUGAAAGAGGUCAAAGAACUUUUAACAGACAUCCUGAGACAUCCCAGAUUGGCUGGAAAGCCCCUGUUAGUAUUAGCCAAUAAACAAGACAAAAUGAAUGCCUUACUGGGAAGUGAACUGAUUGAGGUCCUGUCCCUGGAGAAAUUGGUCAAUCAGAGCCGGUCUCUGUGCCACAUUGAGCCAUGUUCUGCCUUAAUGGACCUGCGGCGGUGGUCAGACAGGAGGACAUUGCGUGGCCUCAGAUGGUUACUAAGGGCUGUGUGCCUCGACUAUCCAGACCUUUGUGCCCGUGUAGUCAGAGAUUGUGGAAAGCCACCAGGACCAGAGGAGAGAGAAAGGAAAGCAAAGACGGAAAAAAGUCAGAAAAAAAACAAAGUUGAAAGACUCAAAUCCAGCAAACCAGACAUUCACCAAGCACAGUGCCCCCUUGAGGAAGGACAGAAAAGUAGGGGCCAUCUACAACCAAUUAUUCUUAAGGAAAAUUCUUUUCAAAAGAAGAUGAAGAAAAAGAAGCUGAAAGUUAAAAUUAAAGCAAUAAGUGUGAAAAAAGGGAGCAAAAAAGAAGUAGAUAAGGAACAGAAAAAAGAGGAAACGGAAGGAAAUGAAGCAGAACAGGAUGGUAACAGUCAAAAGGAGAAGGCCAGUUGUGCCCUUUUGCCACAAAAAAGUGGGAGGCUAAAACCCAAAGCAAAAGUGGAGACUUUGGAUUAUUCUGAGCCCCAGAAGGCCAAACCCCCUAAAGGUACUGGACAAAACAAGAAAAAGAAAAAACUUGCGAAGGGAAAGCGAAAUAACAGGAUAAACACAGAAGAAAUUCCUGUAAAUUAUAGACAGCCUGCUGAGCUCUCUGCAACAUUUGAUCUUUACAGAAAAGCCAUUUUGGCUCUAAAAGCUCGACAGGAUCAGAGUUUGAUGCCAGAACAGUAAGAUGACUGGAAAAGCAAUGGCAGAAGACACACAGACCUAUGCAGACCUUCUGUACCAUGAUGGUCUUCCACAGAGGUAUAAUCAUCUGGAUCAUCUUUUUUUAGUAUCUUGGAUAAUCCAAACCUUGGAUAAUGUUUUAGUUUUUAAUAGACUGGUGUCUCUCCAAUAAAUAUUGAAAAAUAUUUUUUUCAUGAGCCAGUAAUAUAAUUUGUUACUGUUAUUGCUGGUGUAUGCCCCACUGAACCAUUUAAAACAUUUCCUUUGAUUUUUAAAAAAAAUAUUAUUAUUUUUAUCAGUAAUAUUUUAUAUUGUAUUUAAAUUAGAUGACUUGUAAUCUAAAUGUAUGGUUUCUUUUGGUAUGAACUUAUUUCAAUGAGCAGUUCCAUUUUAGUGGGAAUAGGGGGCUAGUUUCUAUUAUGUGCCAGUAGACAUAAGCUAAAUAUUAUUAUUAUUAUUAUUAUUAUUAUUAUUAUUAUUAUUAUUAUUAUUAUUAUGUAUUUAUUUAUUUAAUCCACCCUCAUUUACUUUUAUUUUAUCAUGUCACAUUUAGCAAUUCUCUCUCAUCAUCUUAAGGACCUUUUUUUUUAUUUAUUAUUAUUACAUUUAUUUGUUAAAUUUAUUAUGACCAGAUGACCAGUUUGCAUGGCUAAAUAUUAGAAUGAAUUAAACUGCAAACAUCAAGAGCAGAAUUAGGACAUACUGAAUCGAAUUCAAAAUAUCACGUUACAUUCAUUUAGUUUAGGUAUAUACUGUAUAUUUUGCUUAUGGUAUCAUUAUAAUCUAUCAAGUGUUCUUAGAAACAAGCAUCAUGUUUUAUUGAUAUCUAUUUGCUAAAUAAACCUCCAUUGUUUAGUUUAUUUUUUCAUACUUGCAGCCCAAAACUGUAAUAAAUUGUUCAUUUUCACUC